AUGCUUCUGCACGUUGCCAGCGAAUUCGGCAAGUCGUAUGCCAAUGUUGCAAAGCGGUAUCUGGGAUGGCAAGUUUCACGACUAAAUCUGGCCAGAAAUGAGGGUGAUGACAAGAAGAUUCAGAGCUCAAUCCACGAGAGCGCGGUAUACCCCCUUAUUCAGCGCCUCGGACAUUUUGAAGGCUCACUGGAGCACUAG